UUCAUCAUUUCUUCAGUUAUUUAAAUGCCAAAAAUUCAUGCAUUCAAAACCCAAACUCCCUCCCAGCCAUGGCUAUCUUCAACUUCAAAAUCCUGCUAUGUUCUCUCUCCAUGUUCUUCUUCUGCAUUCUAUUUCCUCAAACAAAUUCACUGACCUUCAACCUGCCAAACUUUAACGAUCCAGAUCAAAAGGUCAACAUAACAACAUUCGGAGAAGCCUAUAUCUCAACGCAAGGUCUCCAAGUCACCUCCAACGAACGCAACACCAAUCUGCAGCAACAAGUUGGUAAAGCCACUUACAUCGAUCGCCUUCACCUUUGGGAUAAUUCCACUGGAAACUUAACAAGUUUCACUACCCAUUUCGUUUUUACGAUUGAUUCGAAUGGGAGUUCGACUUUCGCUGAUGGACUUGCCUUCUUUCUCGCUCCCGAUGGGUCAAACUUCACAGCUGGUGGUGCAAUGGGCCUCCCGCUUGACCCAGUUACGAUAAUACCCACUAACCCUUUUGUUGCCGUGGAGUUUGAUACGUUUCAGAAUGAUGGUGUGGACCCAGUCGGUAUCAGUCCUAUUACUCACGCAGGUAUCAAUGUUAAUACUCUCAAAUCAAAUGUUACUGCUGUUUGGUACUGUAAUAUUACUCAUGGGAUAGAGAAUGAGGCUUGGAUUAGAUAUGACUCAAGUUCACACAAUUUAAGUGUAGUUUUUACUGGUUCUACUAAUACUACUAGAGUGGAAGAUACCAUUCAUUUCAUUGUUGAUCUGAGGGAUUACUUACCCGAAUGGGUAACAAUUGGGUUCUCAGCUUCAACAGGAUCAGAAUUUGAAAAAAAUACUGUAACAUCAUGGGAUUUUAGUUCUGUAACAUCAUGGGAUUUUAGUUCAAGUUUGGGAAUUAAUGAGACCAAUAAUACUGUUACAGUGAAACCGAGAUCGAAUAAAAUCUCCCUCGGAGCUGUGGUGGGAUCAGUUGUCGGCUCGGGUGUUUUUGUUGGUGGGUUUGUUUUGGUUGGAUUUGCCUUGUGGAGGAGAAGUAGAGCAAAAGAAGAGGAUGAGUUUGAAAUUGAGAUGUCCUUGGAAAAUGAAUUCGAGGCCGGUGCUGGGCCGAAGAAAUUUUCCUAUAGUCAAUUAUCUCGUGCAACAAAUAAAUUUGAGGAGGAACAAAAGCUUGGAGAGGGAGGAUUUGGUGGAGUUUAUAGAGGUUUUUUGAGGGAGUUGAAUUUUUAUAUUGCAGUCAAGAGGAUAUCGAAGGGGUCAAAACAAGGGAUCAAGGAGUACGCAGCAGAAGUGAAGAUCAUUAGCCGGUUGAGGCACAAGAAUUUGGUGCAACUCAUCGGUUGGUGCCACGAAAAGAAAGAACUACUCCUUGUUUACGAGUUCAUGGAAAAUGGCAGCUUAGAUUUCCAUCUCUUCAAAGGGAAAAGCUUGUUGACAUGGGCAACAAGGUAUAAAAUUGCCCAAGGUUUGGCAUCUGCGUUGCUCUAUCUACAUGAAGAAUGGGAGCAAUGUGUAGUGCAUAGGGACAUAAAAUCAAGCAACGUGAUGUUGGACUCCAAUUUCAAUGCCAAACUGGGAGAUUUCGGUUUAGCUAGAUUUGUCGAUCAUGAGAAAGAGCCCCAAACAACUGCUUUGGCUGGGACCAUGGGGUACUUGGCACCGGAAUGUGUGGUAACAGGUAAAGCUAGUAAGGAAUCAGAUGUCUACAGCUUUGGAGUCGUGGCAUUGGAAAUAGCUUGUGGGAGAAAACCCUUUGUUAUGAAUGGGCCAGAAUGUCAAAAGGGAAUGGUAGAAUGGGUGUGGGACCUCUAUGGAACGGGAAGGUUACUUGAAGCAGUAGACCCAAUACUUGGCCCGGAUUUUGAUGAGCGAGAAAUGGAACGAUUGAUGAUUGUUGGUCUUUGGUGUGCUCACCCGGAUCACAAUUUCCGGCCUAAAAUUAGACAGGCAAUUCAUGUGCUUAAUUUUGAAGCUCUUCCGCCCAUUCUCCCACAAAAACAGCCUGCGCUAUCGUUCUUUCCUCCUCCCUUGAACACCACCAGUACUAGUUCUAACACCAGCCAAAACAAAUACUCAAGCUAUACUUCCAACACAGAUUCGUCCAACUACACCUCAUCUUCUACUGCUUGUUCAUCUCCCUCUAUAGCACUUUUGAAUAGUAUGUAAGCUGGUUCAAAUUCAAGAAGUACGAGCAGUCCAUGUUUCUUCCUAUAGGUCUUGAUUGUUUAGAUUUCUUGAUACUUUUUAGGCAUUGUAUAGAUCGGCUUCUUGAUUGAGCAUUAUUGUAGGAAUACAGAUCUAAACAAAACUGUGACACAUAUGAAUAUGCAUCAGACGGUUCCGGAUACAAUUAUGUUGGAAUAUGCGUUUUAAAUUUGUAUUCC